GGAGUUGAACGUGUACAACGCCCAUCAUCAUCAUCAUCAUCAUCAUCACCAUCACCACAUGCACCACUGCACCCUCCCGCACCUUAUGUAAUCUACGGUAGAGCUGGAGCUGCUGCCAUGUUGCUGCAAAAGGUAUGCUCAAUCCUCUUUCCUACUUGACUGACAGAAACCCGUGAUCAUCAUCCUCGACAAGGGCACCAGGACAACAACAACAACAACACCUCCACCGAAGAGUGAAAACCAAGUUACAACAUACAACAAUACCAUGGCUGCUGCUGCUGCUGCUGCUCCUGCUGCUGUCGACGCUGCUGCACACCAAGAGUCCGCCGACUUCUCGCCGUACAGGACAGACGGCAAGCUGUAUGGCUUCGUGUGCAUCGUUACGGGCGCCACACAACCCGUGGGCAGAGCGAUCGUGUUGGAGCUUGCAGCACACGGUGCCGCGUGUAUCUAUGCCUGUUCGUCAACGCCCAGUGAUGAUUUUGCCCGCGUGGAGCAAGACGUCAACAAGCAAUACCCAAACACAAAGGUCAUUGGCUAUCCCUUCAAGCUCGCCGAUGAGCAAGAUACUCUCGGGCUCAUUGACGAUGUGCUCAACGCUUGGGGGCGAUUGGACAUUUACGUAACCUCCUCCGGCCUCUUAGGCCCAUCCUCGAUUGCAGACACCACUCCGGCAGAUUUGCUCAAACUCUUUGAAGCAAAUAGCAUGGCACCCUUCUUUGCUCUCAAAUACGCUCCCCCGGCCAUGCUAAAAACCACGCCGAAAGGGAACUAUGCAAAUGCCGCACCCAAAGACCAAGCCUAUGGGUCCAUCAUUGUUGUCUCCUCGGUCGCCUCUACCAUUGGGGGAUGUUGGGGUCCUGCAUUCACAAUGGCCUCCCAUGCCGCGCUGGGUGUAGUCCGCUCUGGAGUGGCCACUCUCAAAGGCACUGGAGUCAGGAUCAACUGCAUUUCGCCAGGCCAGAUAGAUAUUGGUAUUGACCUCGAAAAACAAGACAAGCGGGGCAUCGCGCAUCAGCUGCCACCUGCCAGUCUGCAGAGUAGAGAAAAGCAAAAGGAGAUUAUUGGCUUGGAGAGGCCUGGAACUCCUAUCGAAGUGGCAAGAGUGGCCGGCUUCCUGGCCAGUGGCUUUUCGAGCUAUGUAACUGGUGCAAACAUGAUUGUCGACGGCGGCUCGACCGUUAUGAACCCCGUCAGUCUUCCAAUCUAGAGGGCGUGUCAUGCGUAGACCAAGCAACAAUGUCAAUACGUUCCAAU